AACAUUAACAUUGGAUGCCAACCGCCCUUAAACCCAAUCGAAGAAGAAGAAUUUAUAACUUCUCUUGAACAUGGUUUCGUAUUUUUGGAGAGAUGUCGUAGGGGGUGGUCUAUUUGCCCUGGCUCAUGCGGCUUUCUCAGCGGCACAACAUCGAUCCUACAUGCGUCUGACAGAAAAAGAAAAUGAAACCCUACCAAUAGAUAUUGUUUUACAGACAUUGUUAGCUUUUGUUCUGACCAUUUAUGGUAUAGUCCACAUCUCUGGAGAGUUUAAAGAUAUGGAUGCAUCCUCAGAGCUGAAAAACAAGACGUUUGACACAUUGAGGAACCACCCGUCUUUCUACAUGUUCAAUCAUCGCGGUAGGGUGCUCUUCUGCUCUCCCAACCGAGAGGUCUCCAACAUCCCAAACGCACAGGCCCUGCCCAACCCCCUGCGGCUAAGCAAGCUGAAGCAUUUGCACUGAGACUUGCCUUCCUCACCCACAUGUCUUUAUUUCUGUGCACAGAUAAGCUUUAUGGUUAGAUCCCACAAAGUAAUUUCUUCUACUUUUAAUUUGCCUUAGUCCAUAUUAAUAUGCAGUACAAAUGUGCAUCUCCUCCCAUACCAUAAAAGUGGUUACCAUAUUUAACUCCUGACUGUCAACCAACCCCACAUUUUGUUCAGGCAGAUUUGUUUGUAUAUACUUGUAAUUGCUUAGAAGUAAAAGGAUUUGACACAUCUUCCCCUUACUUAGGUAAGAUGUAUGUGUCAAAUCCUUUAAGACUUCUAAGCAGUUGUUGGACAAGGGGCAUGAUGUUUCGUUUGUCACAAUACAUGUCUAUCUACAUGUCUAUCUAGCUGUCUGGAACUAUUUCUUUCUUAUCUGCAUUUAUGAGAUUUUGUUUUAUCUAGUAAAAAGUCUUCACUUCUGAGAUAUUUUAUGACCUGAUCUCCUGGGGUUUAAAAUGAGGCUUUGGAGCUUAUUCUGUAUGCAAUAAAGUUACCACGGUCAUUGAA